AUGGAGGAAGACGAGCUGAAAAUAAUAGUUGAGAGGAUAAGAGAUCCCGAUGCCGAUAUCCAAAACAAUGCACUGAAUAUGCUGUUUAACAUAACAAAGUCGUCGCAUUCAAAAUCCAUUGAUACAAUCAAUUUCCAAUAUCUUGCAGACAACCUUCCGAUGCUGGAAGAGGUGUGUAAGGAUCUGUCGGAAGACAAAAGAAAAUGGCUAUGCGACAUAAUAAGUGCAAUAUGUGUUAUUGAUGAUGAGAAGAAGCUUUUGGAAUAUAGGAUUGAAGGAAACGUGAUUGACCUCAAGGAGUGGGGACAUCUGUAUGUCAAGAAGCUGACGGGAUGUAUUGCCGAUGUUAAGAACGGCAAGAUGGAUCUUCCAUUUGAGAGAACCAGAGAGGUUUCAAGAAAAUGUAUUGACUUUUUAUUCAAGCAUAAUGCCGAAUUUGAAGCAAUAGACUUCUUACUAGAAAUUAGGGGAAUAGAAAGUAUUUUGGAAUAUGUUGACACUCACAACUACAACAGAAUAGUGUUAUAUUUGGAGGACAUGAAUUCGUUUGUUGAGCUUUCGGAAGUGAUUCUUGGAAUCUAUCUUAAAAUGAAUGAUCACUCGAGAUAUGUUGUAGGGCUUAUAAAGAGACAGAAAACCAAAGAAGCCAUCGAAUAUGUGAAAAAAAUAGAAGACAGGGACUACAAGAAGCAAUGUUUGUAUAUACUUGCAAGGUGCAAUCUGUAUUAUGAGGUCUCUGAUCCUGAAGAAAAGUACAUUCUGUCUAAUAGUUAUAUUAAGGAAGUCUAUAGAAGUGUUGGAACGGAACUUGAGAUAGAUAAGCCGAGUAAGAUGGAUGGAAUUUUCCGAGGAUUUAAGUACGACAAGGAUACAAAGCAGCUUGCAUCUGUUGCAAUCGCUAAUGGAUUUGUCCACAUGGGGUAUGGACGGGACCCGAUAUUUGUGCCACAAGAGGGAGAUUCUAGAGUUCCGCUGGAUUAUGAGGCCAUUCUUGGAUGUGAUGUGCCGGACCUUAUUUCAGUCUUUGGGUCAAUUGGAGUGAUUGAAUCAUGGAAUUCGGAAAAGGUGAUGGAAACUCUUCAGGAGCACAUAUUUUCAGAUUCUUCACAUAGAAAAACAGGAAGCUUGCUAGGCCUUGCAUUAUCUGGGUUGAGGAACUUUGAAGAAAGACCAGCUAUUCUGGCGCUUCUAUCGAACAAUUUGCAAUCAAACAACAGCAUCCAUGUUAUAGGAACUCUCCUAGGAAUCGAGGCCAUGUUUUCGGGAACUCAAUCGGAGGAGGUUCGGGAGCUUCUUCAGCCACUGAUGUUUUCCGACUGCAAUGAAGUUGUAUUCUUCACUGCUUUUACAUUGGGAAGCGUAUUUUGUGGAAGUGCAGACGAAGAUCUCACAUCUCUUAUGCUUCAAACAUUUCUAGAAAAGGAGAAGGAGUCUGAAACCCAGUUCUUCAGGUUUUUGAUGCUAGGAUUAGCUAGUCUGUUUUACCGCAGGAAGGAUGUUGAGUGUGGGAUAAUGGAGAUUGGAGGCUCCCUUGGGAAGCAUCAAAACAUAUUGAUAAAAGGGUUCCAGCACGCCGGAAGUGGAGAUUCCAAUAUCAUUGAAUCUAUUUUAACUGAUUCGUUCACAGGAGACACCGAUGCACUUCUGGAAUCUCUUGGACUUCUCAGCUGUGCCCUGGUGUCAAUGGGUGACGAAACAUCAAGCCAGAUGGUUGGAAGAAUUGUCUCCUCCUCAUUGCUACUGGAUUCCUCGCAUCUAAGAAGUGUAUUGCCUCUAUGCUACAGUAUACUGUACCCGUCGAAUCCACAAGUAAAUGUUCUAGAUAUUUUGGAAAAGUCCUUAAAUAUCGGAGAAACAAACUGUAUCAUAUCCACAAUUGUGUCAUUAGGAUUCAUUGGAGCCGGUACAUUGAAUUCCCGUAUAACCAAGAUCUUGGACCAGCAAUACUCCUACUAUUACAAGGAUUUAAAGGUCCUUCCCGUACUCAAGAUUGCACAAGGGCUUGUGUCUCUAGGAAAGGGAUUGCUGAGCAUCUCGCCCUUGUGUUUUGACAAGACAACAUUUAUGCCAAAAAACACCAUAGGUCUUUUCUCUACGGUGUUCAUGUUGCUAGACUCCUCCAUCAGUCCUCUGAUCACCUCUCAUUCAUACAUGUUCUUUUUGCUCUGCCAAGCAUGUACUCCAAAGUAUGUUACAUGUUCGGAAAAGAUAAAUAUAAGAGUAGGACAUCCGAUAAAUACGGUUGGAAUGGUUGGAGAGCCAAAGAAACUUUCUUCUGUUCAGAUGCAUACGUCUCCGGUUGUUUUGAGCGAAAAGACAAGAGCAGAGACAGAUGAGAACGUUUGUUCUUCGUAUAUCGAAGACGUGCUGAUCCUCAAAAAGAAUUAA